AUCAACCGACCAUGACGCGUAUUUGCAGGGCAACGGGGAACUCCAGAGGAAGGAAGUGCAUUAAUUCCUCCACUUUCGGGGCCGACUGCCACCGACCCUGGUCACAUGGGGGCCUACACCUACAUAACGCAGCGGCACAAGAGACGCCUGCAACGGGUGAACGUAUCAUAUAAUCUAUUAUGGAAUAAGGUGUUGGCUUUUCUGUGCUUAUAAUCUUCAACACGUAGGGGAGGUGCAGAGUCAAAUGCUGUUGUGUGUUUUUCAGCCGGGUUUCAGUGCAACAUAGCAGUUGAAUUUGGAGUUAUGGCAGAGGAGGAAGGAAAGCCGUGACGAUCACAUGAGGGCAAUAUCAGACAAUUAUAGGGUUAGUUAUCUUGAUAACUUAUAGGGGCAAAAUAAUAUGGAUUACUUAUCAAGACAUGUGAUGGGAGAUCAUGCAGUAGAAGCACGGGAUCAAGUAUCAAUACAAAUCAGGAACCAACAGACGAAGGCUGCAAUGGGACCUGUGGCUAUACUUUGGGAUAUCGAGAACUGUCCCGUUCCUUCUGAAGUUCGCGCAGAGGAAGUAGCAGGAAACAUACGGGUUGCACUCAGGGUGCACCCUGCAAUAAGGGGAGCGGUAAAAUUGUUUUCAGCAUAUGGAGAUUUUAAUAAUUUUCCCCGAAAGCUCAGAGAAGGCUGUCAAAGGACAGGGGUAAAUCUUAUUGAUGUUCCCAAUGGAAAGAAAGAUGCAGCAGAUAAAGCCAUAUUGGUGGACAUGUUCUUAUUUGCACUCGAUAAUCCUUCUCCUUCCACCAUUCUCUUAAUUUCUGGAGAUGUUGAUUUUGCUCCUGCUUUGCACAAGCUGGGGCAAAGGGGCUAUACAGUUGCCCUUGUCAUUCCAUCUGGUGUUGGAGUAUCGUCAGCACUUUGCAGUGCUGGUCGAUUUGUGUGGGACUGGCCUAGUGUUGCUAAAGGUCAAGGUCUUGUGCCUGCAAAAUCUUUUUUAUCACGGACACCUGAGUUGGCUUGUUAUUCAGUUGGGUGCCUCUUAAAUGAUGACUCUGAUUUUCUAACUGACGAGGAGGCUAUUGUAUACAAAGGUUUGUCUCAGAAAGAGUAUUUUAUUGAAUCCAAUUCAGCACAAGCAUAUACCAUGCAUACAAAGCAUAUGGCUACAGAUUUGUCAGUGACCUCUUUGACAGGACCAUCUGCACAAUCCAGUGGGCCCAGUUUAAAGACAUUGGGUGGUCAUCUAUUACAUCCAUCUUCAUCCAUGCAAAGUAGUCUUCCAAUUACAGAUGUAGACUCUGCAACCAUUUAUGCUUGUAAACCUGUUCCACCAUCUUACACGGAAGAUGAUCCUCAGUCUGUUAUCCUGUAUGAUUCAAAUUCAGCGCCAAAUUCAACAUUCUCUUCAUUCUCGUCACAAUCCGGUGCUCCCUUUACUAGGGCUAUGAUAGAGUCAUAUUCCUUAAUGCAAAACAAUCUUCCAAUUACAGCAGUUGUUGGUAGAUCAGCUCCAACAUCUGCAAUGCCAUCUGUGUCAAAUUCAGGAACAGAUUCAACUUCCUGGGUUCAGCCUGGUGAUAUACAAGGCUUAAAAAGACAAAUUGUUAAUCUCAUAAUUAUGUCUGGAGGAAGCUUGUUACUUGGCCGUGUACCUUCUGAAUAUCAUAAAGUCUGUGGAAGACCUUUAUAUCUGGCAGAAUAUGGUUCUUGUAAACUGGUUAAUUUGAUUAAAAAGAUGUCAGAUACUAUCUGUAUAGAGGGAAAAGGACACAAGAAAUUUCUUUGUUUGAGAGAACAAGUCAACGAUCCAGGUAAUUCUGAAAAUGUUAAAGCAAGCAUUGAUCCAUAUAAUAGAGGUUCUCCAAAUUUGAUUCUGCAAGAGGAUUUUACUGCAAAAACAGAGAACAAAGAAAUACAUUCAAAUUUGGAUCUGUGCAAUAAUUUGCAACAUGAAGAUGUUGGGGAGGAUGGUGUGGAUAUAAAUGUUGGUUGCUAUUCAGAUGAAGGAACAGAAGAUGAAAGAGCAAGUGAACAAGAAGGCAGGCAUGGAGAUGACUUGUUUCUGGCAGAUGCUAAUGCUGAAAUACAAGCUGCAGAGGCUAGGCUAGGGGUAUUCAAAGAGGAGUUGCAGGAGCUGUUAGUGAGUCACGCUUGCAAAAUUUUAUUAUCUAGCCUUUUGACUUUAUAUCGACAGCGGUAUGGGAGGGAACUAGACUACAGCAUGUUUGGAGCAAAAGAGGUUGAAGAUCUUAUCGAUAAAGUUGGAGAUAUUGCAAUCAUAGAGGAAGAUCAGGGUACUCAGAAAAAAGUCCUUGUUGCAAACUGUGGAUUUGGAGUCGAUAAUAAAUUUAAACCGCAUUUACAACAGCUGUAGUUGGUUGCACCAGAUUUUUCUUUUUCUAUUUUGUAUCUAUAUGUUGAUUUGAAAGAAAGCUAAUUAUAAAGUCAGCCAUGAUGAAGCAUGUGCUUCCCAUUCAAAUUAUGGCAAACUAUUCCUUAUUGGAAUAGUAACGUGUACAUACCAAAAUUCUAAGAAUAAUUUGAUGGUGAUUGUUUCAGCC